GGAACUGAGGACUGACGAGGACUCGAGGAGUGAGGAUAACAAUUAGGAGUGCUAAACUGCUAAUAAGGAAGUUUCCAAGGAAAGAACACUAGAGUUUAAAAAAAACCAAAAAAAAAGAGAAGCUAAAACCAGGAGUAAUAAGUGAAAUUCCUUAUUAAUAAGAGCAAAUCAUUAUAUGUUUAUUAGGAUAUAAACACUAGAGCAUCUCCUUUUUUCUCUCAACAUAGCUUAAAUUUAUUGCUUGUCGUACCUGAAUCGUCAAUUUAAGGGGAAGUAAUAGCUAUGGAGCCAGUAGCCAUAUUUGUGGGAAUUUUUGGUCUUUUAACCUUUUUGAGUGGAGUAGCCAGCCUUGAUGAGAGAAAAAGAAUUCUCAAGGGUGAAACUGAAUCCCUAACUGCUAGGAGGCUUGACCUUCAUAGAGAAAUCUCUUCCUCUCCAGUUCGACGAAGCAAGAAGCGAAAGCGAAAUGAUGACCUUGGCCACUGGAUGGCUGAGAGUCAGAAGCUUCUGGAGGAAGCUACAGGCUUGUUAAGCCAAGUUGGAAGAUGGAGGUGUUUCUUUGGGGGUCCUAAGAUGAGAUGGGAUGGUUGCCAAUUGGUUUAUGCUAUGAAAGUCCAUCAGUUGAAGGGUGAUGCUCUCCUUAAACAGGCUUUAACUGAUGCCCAUGGCCUGUGUGGUGGCUAUCAUAUACCCGUCAAACCAUUAGUUGGCCGAAGUGCUUCUAUAACUUUGAACCAUCUUAAGCUCCGGCUGAAAGAUGAUUUGGUUGGAAGGAUUGCUAUUCAUGGUCCAAGAGGUAUUGGUAAGACCCAUUUGAUGAAGCACUUGCACAACUGCGCGCUACACAUGUUUGAUUAUGUUUUCUGGGUCCUUUCCCCUUGUGUAUUCACCAUUAAGAGUUUUCAAGAUGCUGUUGCUGCAGUUGUUAACUGUGAUCUUUCUAGAGUUGAUGAUGUGAGUAUAAGGGCUACGAAAUUGUCACAUACAUUUGCAAGUCUUGGCAGCAGGUUUGCACUUUUCUUAGAUGGUGUGCCAGAAGCUGGUUUCUCUCUGGACCAUGUAGGAAUUCCACUCCCUGCAGAAGGCAGCGGGUGCAAAUUGGUAUUAAGUACUAGCUCUACUUUGCUGUGCAGAAUGUUGGAUGGUUUUGAAGCCAUCAAAGUUGAACGCCUUCCAAGUGAAGAAGCAUACCAGCUGUUCAGGCUUGAAGCAAGGAUUGGUGAGGGCUCUGAACCCUCUCUUGGAGACAUGCCUAUGUUACUUGCAGAUUCAUGUUCUGGUGUUCCACAUGAGAUUGUACAGCUGGCUACUUCCAUGUGUGGCAAAGAUGACCCUUGUGAAUGGAGCUAUGCACUAUAUCAAUCGGGAUGUCUUGGGACAAAGAACAAACUUCCAAUAGUUCCCAAAGUUGGCCGUGAAAGUAAAAGGCUGAAGAUUGAUAUGGCUCUCUGCCGUUCUUCCCUGCCUCCAUAGGGAGUGAGUGAGACAUCUACUUCAGCUCAUAGGCCAGAUGUCCCAUAUAUCAGGAACCAUGUUUUGCUAGUGCUCUGAACUGGAUGCUCAAGGAGCUCAACAUCAAGAGAAUAACGAUAUUUUUCUGUUAAGUCCCCUUUUUUUAUAAUCAGUGAUGUUGUCAUGGUAAGCUAUAUAAUCACGGUAAGAGGACAACAAGCUCUGGUUGGGAAGGCAUCAGGGAAGUAUAUUUAUCAAUGUGGCAUCAGGGAAGGCUACUUAUAAAUCCCACCCAACAAUCUACAGUGUUUUAUGUAACUUGAAAUUUUUUAGACCUGAUUGGGCCUACCGAGCCUUGAAACUACUUUUUUUUCUUUAGGUGACAAUUGACAAGAACACACCAUUAGUUGUGAGUUGUGACCAAUUUUUUGGAGGGAUAAAGAGUAAAAGAAAAGGAACAGAUUCAGUUUCCCUCAUUUUGGAUAUAACAUGGAAGAGCUGAAGAGAAUUGGUAGGAUAUUGUAUUUAUUAUCCUUCAAGUAUAAACCAAGCCCCCUUUUUUUCUUUCCUUGCCUGUUGCCUCCACUACCUUCUCUCCAUGAUUGGGAUCUAAACAAAGUGUGAGCAACAAACUGGCAGAGUGGGCUUGGGGGUUGGUGGUUGGUGGUUAUCGUCGGAAGGGGGCCUCACAUAUUCUAAAUGCAUAUUUUAACUUAGAAGGUGAAGAAGGGGUCUUGUGAUUUGCUAAAUGAAUCACGAGUGUCAUUCUUAUAUGGGAUAAAGACCCUAGAGUUCACCUGCAACUUCCAAUAAAAGUUUGAAGCUGUUGAGAAUAGGUUAUGUCAUGUCUCCAUCUUCUGUAACUAUUGUUUGUUUUGAUUUCUGUUUUGUUUUCUUCCUUUCUUUCCUUGCAUAUCUGGUGCUGAACAAAUGUGAAUCUGGAUCAUCUAAAAUGUAUCCUGUGGUGUAUCUCGCACUUAGGUUCAACCAUCGAAACUAGUUGCUGCUGAUGCAAACAAGGAUACUUUUUUGCUUUGCUGGUUUCAGAUUUCCGGGUUGCCUGGAAUCAAUUUCGACAUGUUUCUGCACCAAAUGAUCAAUUCAUCAAUUGUACUUGGACUCAGUGGAGGAUGUUAGCUUCUGCCAGAGUAUGGCUUCAGCAACAAGUAUACAGAUAUGGGAAAAUGAUUUAGUUUCAAUAUUUUUUGCGCCCAAGCAGUCAUCUGUCUUCUACUUUUUGUAUGUACAGGGAUAUGGGAUGAUCAAAUUCCAUUGUUUAAUGAAUUUUAUAUUACUACA